AUGUUCCAGAGGAUUCGAGAAUGGUUGUCACUGAAAAAUUACCAAUAUCAAGUAACUACUGGCAUCUACAUGCUGGAGCCUUGGGAGAGGACGAUUUUUAGUAUCCUUUGCUACGUGAAUUUCUUCAUACCGGUUUGAGUAACUCCUGUGUCUUGAAUCACCUACGCGUCAAAUAUUUACAUCUCACACACCAUUGCAGCUAGAACGUGUUGCUACAUGUGCAGCAAUGCAUAUAGUUGGCGAAAAUUUAGAUUUUUUGGACAACUUUUGGCGCAUUUUUCAAGCACGAUCCCUAGAAGUCAGUUUUCUAUCGUGAUUCGGCCGUGAUCAUGUAACCUAGGCAAUUUUGGUGGCAUUUUUUUUAAAGUGAGGCAUACCCACAUACUCUAAGCUGUACUGGAACAAUGAAAGUAGGGCGAAAGAAACGGGGCCACCCGUUCAUAUCUCAUCUUGUGUCUGAUUUCCGUGUUCUAUUAUUCCCUAGUGCUCCUUUUGAUGAGAUUUCCAUAGUCGUAAAGGCAAUCUAUUUUUUUCAUUGUUUCCUCUACCCAAGAACUGUAUGAAAUAUGAAGUGUGGGGUUUCGAAGAAAUCUUACCCCUUUGUCCAGUAGGUGCUCCAAUAUACUGAAAACAAUCACAGUCUUUUCCUUCUGGUGUCUCGUGGCAGGUAGAUGUAAAUAAAUCUAUAUAUAUAUAUAUUUUUUUUUUUAGUAAAUAUUAUGAGAGGAAAAAAGGACGCAACUACAUUUCCCGACAAGCCUGUUUCGUGAAUCGCUUCACUCUUCAGGGGUUUAAAGAUUAAACGUAUGUAUAUGUAUGUAUACAUGUAUAUGUAUGUAUACAUCUAUAUAAAUGCAAAAAUUUCAAGAGGGCAAAUUGGGCAAGAGAGAUUGUCAGUUCAAGGAACUGUCAACUUCUGAAAACUUAAAAUUGCAAUUUUAACAAUUCCAUUUGUUUCUUCAGGAAAGAAAUUCACAUUUGCUUAAAAAUGGCAUUUCCAAGCUUUUUGCAGAGAUUUUUGUAACUCUUUUAAAUUGUUGAAGAGUGUCUGAAAAUGGGCAAAAUGUCAUAAUUGUUUGAAUACUAUUAACCCUUUGACCCCUAAGAGUGGUUGGCAGCUCAUUUCUCCUUACAGAAUCACUGAAGGUCACGAGUAUGAUAAAAUUGCUCACUAAUCAAAGGAGUUUGUGACUGAUAUCCAAAUACUCCUUGUCAGUACUAUGGGAAAUGUAUAGAGAACAGUAUGGAGAAAAUGCUCUCUUGUGAUGGGGUGUAAAAGCUUAAAGUGGGGGUGAUAUCUGUCUCAGGGGUUAAUUUCUUUGGUAAAGAAAACUGUUUGUUAAACAUUUUUAUGGUGGCAAUUUAUGUCUUGACUCUCAGCUACUAUGAAGAGAAAAUUCACAGUAUUGUAGAGAUAUGAAUUUUAUUUUAAAGCUAAAAAACUGCAUUUAAAAUAAGUGGUUUACUGGCUCAAUUAAUAAAUUUCCUAAAGCUCAAAUUUGAUAACAGUAAUUCAAAGUAGUCUUUCUCACUCCUUCACACUAGCAGCCUCUAUGUACUUCAGUCAGUCCAUUACAGGAGUUCUUCAGUACACUCUAACAUGUAGAUCUAUUUAUAAUUAUACUGCUAACCCAAAGUGCUGAUUUGUAAUACACCUGGCCUGGGUUGUUCAAAGCUGGGUUAAGAUAACCCAGGGUUAGUGUGGAAUUUGAUUUCAGGUCUGAAAGCUUUGAAAGGAAAUUCAGUUCAAAUCUUUUUGCGUGCAAUUUGAUCAUUGGAUGUUCUAAAAAGACUAGGGAAAACUUUUCCCUGAGAGGCCUUUGAACAAAGAAAUAAAGAAACCUGGAUUUAUAUUUAACCCUGGGUUUGCGCUAAACACCCUUUGAACAACUGGGCCUUGCUCUCAGUUCCACAGAUGUGUGUGGUAGUGAGAGUUUGCAAUCCUAUCAUUCCUAACCUUGCAAGCAAUGUUAGAUUAUUCCUUAACGUAAAUAACACAGAUGCAACACUGGUGACAAUCCUAGGGAUGUCUGUAUAUUCUACAUAUGCUUAUUUACCAGCUUAUAUUUACAAUGUCCUUGCAUACUUUGGUUAUGUUGAAGAUUCCUAA